GGCGGCCGGGACAGGCGCUGCGCUGAGGGAAGGCGCAGGGUGCUGAGGUGAAAAAGGAGCGGGGUGAAUACGGUCCACAUAGGAUUUAACGGCUAGAAGAAAUGUGGCACACAGCAAGAGAAAGCUUGUUGGGAUGCCCAUGUUCCUAUGAGCUUGGACGAAUGCUUUCUAGUAGUCUGUGACCUUACAGUGAUGGAUUCAGAGAUGUGAUUUAGAGCAUUCUGUGCACCCGCUUCUAGCUGACGCAUGCUAUGCACAUACCAGGAUCCACAUUAUUGAUGAUUUUGAGGAAAAAUCAAGGCCCCCAUGUACAGAUGUCCUGCUUGCAUGAGGAGAAUGCUGUGAAGAGGCAUAAUCACCGAUAAAUUCAAGGCAAGAUGGUGUAAAGGUUUGGGACUUGCCCUCAGAGUGCCAGCGGACUGCUGCUACCUCUCCAGCUCAUUGUUCCCGAUUGCAUCAUUGAUGGUUAACCACUUGUCCAGUGCUGGCUUGGAGGAAAAGAUAUGUCAACAUAACUGCAGAUACAUCUGGCAGUGGGCAACUGAUUCCUCUUUUCUGUCUCGAGAGAGUUUGCAAAUGGCAUGUGUUCUUGAUGGUUCCUUGCAUCAUACUGAAAAAUUGUCCUGGUGCAACUUCGAAGUGAGGCUUUUCUUAUGACCGAUACAUUCAUCUGGUUUUCCUCCUGUGUGGCUUGUGCAGGAUUCUCCAGUGGCUGGUAAGGGGUGAUCUCUUACUUUUCCCUUGACUCAUCUUACCAGGUCUCUCUUCUGCCUCUCUCUGGCUGCCUGUUUUUACAAAACUAGUCGGAGCAUAAUUAUGGUUGGAAACUCUUAGCCAGUGUCAAAUCUGGUUGAACCAGCUGGCCAGUUUUCAGAAGUCCUCGCAGAGUAGGAGACGCUCAGAAACAUGCAGGCAGUGUGACAGCAUGUGCUUUGUUGCUUUGGAAGUUGGUAAAAUAGACAAUAGUAAUGAACUUUAUUUGCUAAAUUCCUGUAAAUCCAAUUAAACUACAUCACCAGCACUCCAGUUAUCAAGCUGAAAAAUGCACUGAGGGAUUUUUCUGCUCAAAAAGUGUUCAGUGUGAUGGCUCUUAUUAAGACCCCCUGCCUCUUUGUCACGUGAACAUCAGCUUACUAUGCUUGAGAAACCUGGUAUACUCUCAAACUGGCAUUUGCAGAAUUCUACAUCAUCUUUUCUUCACACUCCUGCUGCUGCUUUUUUUCUUCUUUUUCAUGGGUUUGCCAGUGUGCCAAGUGGCUCUGAAGGUUUGGAUGCCGGAGGAAUGGGGCUUGUAAGGUGAGGAAAACAACUGCUGCUAUUUUACCUGAAGGGUGUAGGAGGUUCUGUAGACUUGGGACUCGAGAGAUUCUUCCAAUCUUUUCUCCAACGUGCUUUGGAGCUGUGAUGUGAAGUAACUUUAGCUUGCAGAAAUCAUUAGUAACAUGCUGGCAGACCAGUAGUGCUCAAUGCAGGUUUCAGUGCUGUUCCAUCAACCUUCAUUUACCGUUUGUGGUUCUGUGGCCAGAAUAUUAUUCAGGGUAUUAAUUCACAGGAUUUCUGAGAAGUAACACACUGGGUGGGCUGUAGGAGGAAGACAGAACUAGUUAUUAACUGAAUUUACCAUUCUGCAGACAACCCUGUCCCUGAAGGGCCCAGCUCUUAGUCAGCAAGCAGCAAAUGAAGUACUGAUUUAUGAAAAUUAAUACAUUAGAUAGGCACUGAUGUGUAUUAUUGAACAGAAUUGCCCCUCCCUGGAGCUUUGCACAACAGACACGUUUGGGAAUGAGAGAGGUCAGUCCUGCUAUGAGGCAUAAGUGACAACCAUGAAAGCUGAGGACUCGAGUGUUGAGUACUGACACCUAGUUCAUAGCGUCAGUACUCAGAAAUCACUGUAAUAGAUCACCGUAAUAGCUUUCUAACUGAAGUUUGCUUGCAACAACGUAUUUUUUUUAAUGCACUUGCAAAUUUAAAAAGUAAAAAUCUUAUUAGGGCCUGUACCAAUGGCCCUUUUUUCUUGUUUUUUUUCUUUUCCUUUCAGACCUAUAAAAUAUGCCAUUCUUCAGUAAGCACGGUUGUGCUGAAAGGCUUUUUCUCUAUAAUUUGGCUCAAGUGACAGCUGAAAACAAAGGAAUGGGAGAAUGGGGAAGGCUCGGAGGUGACAAUAGCAGGAGAAACCAAGAAUAAACCAUCCAGAUUACAGCAUUGCUGCUCACCAUUUCAGCUCUAUUUCAACUUGAGGAAGGAGAAGCAAAACACAGAACAGGCAGUAACUUACCCCAUACACCGGGGCUGCAGUUUUAGAAAUGAAAAGAAAUACUGAACAUAUGUAUCAUCAUAUACAAUAGCAAAGACAAACACAGUGAUGUUUCAGGCUUUCUCUGUUGUGCUGUUGGCACGCAGCAGAGUAAUUACCACGUUAUCCAGCACAAUCUGAAUGGAACUGAGUGAAACUUAAUUAGCUCCUGUCUUUUAAGCGUUUUUUCAUCCACAACACUUGUAAUCUUUGGGGUCCUGCUGAGCAACUGUAAUAUUCUACAGAAAAUGCAAGCUGCUAGGGGAAUCCCAUUCCAAAAUCUGGUCUAGUUUACCAUCGCAUACUGUAAUUCUUGUACUAGUGGUGGUCUGUUUUUUGCUCUUUGCUUUCUUCUAGGAUAUCAUUACAUCCUUACUUUACAAUUAAUCUCCUAAAAUUGCAAAUUAGUUUCUUGCUCCAAGUGACAGACAUCGUGAAAUUGUCCUUUGGGCUUUUAGAAGGUGCUCUCAUUCAAGUUCAGAUUUACUGCUCAACUUGUACUGAGUAUGACUGAAAUGCUUCCAGAUCAUGCUAAUUAUGACAGAAAAAAAUAUUUUCUUUCAAAAACAGCUUUAAAAAUCCACAAAAAAUGCUGGUGAAACUUUGAGUGCUUAAUUAAUCCUUCUCUUCCCAUUUGUUUUGCAAACAUAUAGAAUAAACACCUGUUCUACUUAAAACUGCUGAUGAAACUCGCGUUACACAGCUUAAAUGCAUAUUUGGUGAGUCUGCAGUUUAAAUCAUGAGAUAAAACUAAAAUGAGGACAAAGCAGACAGCUUUUAAAGGGUAAAAGUUCAGAGAACCAAGUUUUACAAUGACUGAUGAAGACAAAGUUUUGUCUCACACAGGCUUCUUCAGCUCCAGGACAGGAGUAGUCACAAGAACAUUCUGUCAUUCAGAAAGCAUCAUCACUCUGAUGACAGCUGGAUUCCUUUUCCAUCUAUAUGCCUUUGGAAUCGGAGUGAACAAUGAAACAGACCUCAUCUCAGUGCAGUUGGAGCAACCGAGUUUACAGAAUCUUCUUUUUCUUGGAAACCAUUUCCUUUUUGUCUGUUUUCAUUGGGUUCAUGAGUGCAUACACCACAACAAUGAUUCCUUUUGCCCAAGAUUUUGAGUAGCCAGGGUCCUUCCUGAAUAUGCUCCAAUGACAAAAUGCUCAGUGCAAACCAUUUGCUUACUCACCAUUGUUUUACCUCCACAGAUGGAAUCUCUAAGACGCUCUUCCUGGGUUUUAUUGCAGUUUUAGCUAUGGUGAAAUCCCCAACUACUUCACCUUCCCAGAUUUCUUGCUCAAAUUCCAGAUGUACUUAUCUUGAAUUCUUCUGAUCUUGUUAGUCAUUGUUUCUGUAAAUAGCUCUAGUAUUUCCUUCAUAUCAGUUCACCUAGAGUACAGUUCAGCCUUUCCUGACUAGAAACCAGUCCAUCCUGAUAAUGUUGUCCCUUCUAGCCAGCAUGGCUAGCCCAAAUAACCUACAUAUGUUAUCCUAGGUAGAAUGAGACUUUUUUUUUUCUUCCUUAUGAAGUUAUCUCUGAUGCACUUAAAUUUAUGUUUAUGCUCUGUAAUCCCAUCUUCCUGAAGCACGGGGGAAUCUGAAAUGGAAGAGUAUCUUCCUGCUGCAGCCUCACUUACGCAUGCUGUGCAAAGGCCUCUCACUUUCCUGGGCGCAGGUUGGAGCUGGGCUCUGUUAUUAUGUUGUUCCUGAGAUCUGCCUUUGUUUUCCUUUGAACUGCCUCCUACGUGCUGGCAGGCUCCCGAAGCAGUGCACAGAACGGUCUUUGCCCAGUGUUCAAACUGCAGAGCAACCCUAUAUUUACUUUGUUUUGUGUAAGGAGGUUUCCUUUGUGUUCUCUUACAGCUCUGCGCAUUGGGAACGGUGCAGAAGCCCCACGGUGAGCUGUCAGGACAUGUGGGGGGGAGGUCGCAGCUGCUUUGUUCUAGGUAAGAACUACAUAUUCUCAACACAAGAAACAUUUGUUGCUCUCGGAUUGAAACUAUUCUUGUAGAACGUUACUUAAAGCGGUGCUUUGGGGUGUACCUGAGGCUACUAGAGACGGGUCUUGCUGAACACUGUUGUCCCAACAGCAUUUGCAAACACAGAAGCAAGUCUCAAGAGUUUCAUACCCCCUUUGCUUUGUGCUAGAAAAAAAAAACAGUGUGGAUGUCUGUAAGAAUGUCUACAUUUCACCACUGAUCUGCUAACUACCAGAUGAAAUGUCACUUCGGCUCUGCUCAAGUUCUUGUUCUGCUGGAAACUCAGUUAUUGGAAUGAGAAACCAUCAAAUUUUGGAGAUUCCCACGGGGUAAGAAUACAGAAUCUGGUUGAAUUUCUUCUUAAUGCUUGGCGUCAGUUCCUGAUUCCAGGCAUUCUGUUGGUUUCUUUUGGUGCUCUCGAUUGUUGUGUGUGAUUUGUAUGCUGCUACGUGGAAGCAGCAUCUGGCCCGUAACCAGAACCGCGCACCCCGUGGGAUGGCUCACAGCCCGUGCUGUAAUUCGGACUAACGCAGUUGGGCACGCGCAGUCCCGCUGGCAGAGGCGCUCCGUGGCUCCCGGCGGCCCCGCAGAGCUGUGCCGGACACGCCGCUGCCCGCCGGGCUUUCGCUCGGCACCGGGGAGCUCCGUGAGCGCGGAGCAGCCGCGGGAGCGUGGCCCAGCGCCACGUGCUCGUUAGGGGGUUUUCUGUUAAAACGGCGUGGAUUUGAAAAAGAGGGGAGAAAAGUCAGUCGAUGCGGCGUUCCCAUUACUUCCGGCUUUCCGCGCCGGGACGCCCUCAGUCGGGAGCGGCCUCACCGCACCGCGGCCGCUGCGCCGGGCUUUGAAAAUCCCGCGCGGCCCUUCCCCGGGGGCGGCCCGGACGGCGCCUCGGCUGCGUUCUUCGAUGGCUUUCUGGAUACUGUGAUCCGCAGCAGAGAUAAUAUCCGAUGUGGCCGUAUACGCGCUGUGAUUUCUUUCUCUCCGUGUGUGCACCGGCGCAGCCCGUCUGAGUGUGAGUGUGGAGGCCGGCUGAGGGGGAGAAGGCAGCUCUUCUGCAGCAUCUGCGCUGCCCGGCGUUGGAGGGUGGCAGCUUAGCGCCUGUGAGUUUUCCUUCCCUCUCCUCGGGAGCUGAGGGAGCCUGCUCUCUGACAAUGAUGAAAACUGAGAGCAAAGGGGAAAGGACUUUAAGAAGUGCUUCUCCACACCGGAAUGCCUACAAGUCUGACUUCCACGCUAUCAAAUGCUCUUUUGAUGGAGUGAACAGUCCCGAAAACACUUCCAACAAAACGGGCUUGCAGCAGAAGCUGAGCACCUCUUCCAAUGGAGGGGGAAAUGACCCACACAGUCGAGGUAGAGCUGCCACUUAUGGCAAUAGAGUUCACAAGAUCAAAAGCAUGUUUCUGCAAAUGGGAGGCUCCACUUCCACACCCUCUAGUGAAAGUAGUCCACCUGCUGAGACCAAAUUAAUCAGCCGGGCCACAGCAGCAGAACACGGACCUUCUCCAGGUAGCACAUCUUUCCUCAUAAUCCAAAAGAACAAUCUUCUUAAUACUAAUACUGGCCCCAGCAGCAGUCCUGUGGAUUCAUCGUCUGUGCCUUCUACUGCUGAUAAGAUCGUACGUAGCAACGAUGAGGCAGACUUGGAUAAAGUUGCCCUGGCAGAAAAGUUUUCAGAGACCAGAAAGCUAUUUGAGAGAAAUAUAAAACAGCGAAGCUCUGUGGACAGAUAUUCUCCCAGCAAAUGUGAAAGAAGUGAAGAUAAGAGGAGACACGGUUCGGCUUCCGAUUGUAGUAGUGUGGUAGACCACUUCAAUUUUAAUACAGAUGUGAGUCCUUCACUUGCACUGGAUAAAGUUGAAAAUCAAGGUAGUGAGCUGAAGCAGCAGCAUCCCAGUAAUGGCUCCAAAACCUCCUUCUUGAAUGCUGGGCCCAUUUCUAGGAGGCUGGAAAGCUUUCUGGGUGACAGUGAUACUGAAGAUUCCAAAGAAAUUUCCAAAAAUGAUGGCCUGGAUCAGGGCCCUUUGAGAGGCCACUGCAGUUUGGAUUCAUCUACUACUGUUCAAAGAAGUCCAGAGAAGAUUGCGUCCGCUGAAGUGCCUGUGAUUGACAGAGAUGAGCUGAGUGAAGUAUUUGAAAAAGACAAGAGAGAGAAAGCGGUACUGGGGAGAAGCCUACAGGAUAUGAGCAGUAUAUCCAGUCAGGAGGCAAAGUGGAGAACAGAGACUGCUCUUUCCCAGGUUUCCCCUGUUGAGGAGACUUGUGUGGAGCUGUCUGUGCAAGAUGAAACCUCAGGGCAUGGAAAAGAGGGUUUGGAGAAAGGUCAUGUUGUUAAUGAGGAUCAACCACUCAAAUAUCAAAUACAAGAAGGGAAAAGGAGCAGCUAUUCCUUGGAGGUAGUAGAAGAGUUUACAGAAAGAAAGGGAACCAAUCAGGAAGAAGUGACAGAUGGGAUGACUGUGAAAGAUGUUCCAGUUCAGGAUGUUCUACAGCAAGAGGGGGAUACUGAAGAAGAGGAGCAAGUAGUAGAAAAACAGAGGGAUGGCUUCUGUGCUUUCGGAAUAGAAAAUGCAGCUUUUGAUGAUUAUAGGGAUACAGAGAACCAAGACCCUGAAGACAACGAAAUUUUGGAGGAAGAGGAGGAAUAUAUGUAUGACAGUGAGUACGAGGAGUUUCCUGGACUUUCUGAAGAGGAAGAUCCUGAGCCAGACCGAAAAGUGAAGUUCUCAACAGCUCCUAUCAAGGUUUUCAGUACUUACUCCAAUGAAGAUUAUGAUAGACGUAACGAAGAAGUUGACCCUGUGGCAGCCUCAGCUGAAUAUGAACUUGAGAAAAGGGUGGAAAAAAUGGAAGUAUUUCCUGUGGAAAUUGAAAAAGGUGACAGUGGUCUGGGCAUUAGUAUUAUUGGAAUGGGAGUUGGUGCUGAUCAGGGGCUGGAAAAACUGGGCAUUUUUGUAAAAACAAUAACAGAUGGUGGAGCUGCUCAGAGAGAUGGACGAAUUCAAGUAAAUGAUCAGAUUGUGGAAGUUGAUGGUAUAAGUCUAGUGGGAGUUACUCAGUUCUUUGCAGCCACUGUACUCAAAAACACCAAAGGCACAGUGAGGUUUCUGAUUGGCAGAGAGAAGCCAGGGACUCAGAGUGAAGUAGCCCGCCUCAUCAGUGAGACUUUAGAGCAGGAGAGAUGUCUGUAUGAGCAGCACUAUGUUCAUGACGAUACAGAGCAGGACGAUGAGUAUGAUGAUGAUGAUGAUACAUAUGAAUCACAUCUACAUGAAAAAUCUGUGGAAGUUUUUGAUCUUCCUGAAAAUGAAGAUAUCAGUUUACCACUGGAUAUGGAUUCAGCACAAUCUCUUCUUAAAUUUAAAGAGCUGCAGUUAAAACAUGCAGUAACGGUAGCUGAAGUGAAUCAACUGAAGGAGAAGUUAGAAGUUGUUGAAGCAGAAAAAAAUGAAUGGAAAUUAAAUAGAGCCCAACUUCAGCAAAACUUAGAGGAAAGCAAAGAAAAAAUUAAGAAGUUGGAGACCUACUGGUUAGAAGCACAGAGUUUGUGCAAAACAGUAAAUGAGCACCUUAAAGAAACUCAAGAACAAUGUGAUGCCCUUGAAAAGAAGUACAACAAGGCCAAGAAAUUGCUCAAAGAUUACCAACAAAAAGAAAUAGAGUUUAUGAAAAAAGAGGAGGAUCAUUCAAGAGUACUUGAAGAGAGAGACCAGAAAUAUGCAGAACAGCUGAAAAUGUAUCAGGAAAAGAUUUCAGAGCUUGAAAGUAAACUAAUAGUAUAUGAGAAAAUGCCAUAUAUGUUUGGAAGUGGGAGUUUAUUGGAAGAUGGUUGUCAAAAUCCAAGCCAGCAUAAUGAGCAGUCAAAGAUGAGAGAAGAGAAUGAAAAAGAAACAGAAUCAGUACAGGAAAGACUAAAUUCUUCAGAGAUGUUAAUUUCUGAUUUUGAUGCUUUUGUUGGGGAUACUCCCAGACUAGACACCAGUGCCCACAAAGCGAAAGCUCAGCUUGCUUUGAAAGUAAAACGCCAGCCACCUUCUCGAUCAAAGCUGAAAGAAUCUCUUGGGGCUGGACAACAGACUGCAAAUCUACAGGAUGAGGAUUCAGAAGAUGAUAUUCUCAACAAAGAAGUUUCCACUCUGUGUCUAACGAAGACCUCAGAAAUAAGUGAAAAAUUAACUCUGCCUCAUUUGGAUGACAUAGAGCGGAAGAGUGAAAAGCCUGAACAAACACAAAGCACAGAAAGUCCUUUAGAGUCAAGUCCUUCUGCUUCCACACACUCUUCUCCAGUACACAAACCAAAUAGUGAAAACAUCACAACCACCACUCAUUCAACUCCUGAAGAGGUGACUCCAAAUUCUCCUCAAGGGUAUACCAAGAAUGUUAAGCAAAAAGAAGUAAAAGGGAAAGGAAAAGAGGCCAAGGAAGAGAAAAAAAGUGAAGACAGAGCUGUAGAAACAAAUGAAGGAACAUCAUCAGGGAAGUCCAAAAGGCGAUUUCCAGAUUUUGGUGGAUUACGGAAAUCUGGGGGCAAGGGCAAGAAACAAGAGAAAGAAAGUGUAAGAGGUUCUCUGGAUAGCAGAGGUUCUCGAGAACUGUUGGAUGAUUCUGGCAACAACCUGUCUGCAUCAGAUUCAGAUUCUCCUGUUCCCACUUGCAUGCCUUUCUCUUGGUUUGGAGACAGUCACAAAGAGCCUCAGGUUUCUAGUAGUAGUCUGCACUUUACUCAGAGUGGACAGGACAGCUGUGAACAUGGUCAAGACAAGAACAGAAGCAAGGCAUUAGAUGAUGAAUUCACAACAACAGGAAAGCAGAAUCAAUGGCACAGUAGACCUAUCUCUGAAUGGACCACACAGCAAGUUUGCCACUGGCUAAUGGGAAUGAACAUGGAGCAGUAUAUUACAGAGUUUACAGCUAUGAACAUCGAUGGACAGCAGUUAAUGCAACUCGACAGUGAUAAGUUAAAGGCUUUGGGAGUUUCCAGUCAAAAUGACCGAUCAACAAUAAAGAAAAAAAUUAAGGAUAUUAGGAAAACACAAGAAAAACUAGAAAAACAGAAGGAAAAAGUUCAGAAGAAAGAGAGAGAAGUUCGCAAGACUGCCAGAGUGGUCACCACUCUUGAAUCCAGCUGCUAAAGUGACCCUGCCUUUAAUCUUAGUGCAUACCUGUGUCAUCCUGAGGAAGUUCAGCAGAUUUGUAUAUAAUUGUACAAUUGAGGGGAGAAGGGAAAGUGCAACAGUUUAAUAUGGUAGGUUUGUUUUUUUGUUUUUUUACUUUUUGAUUACAGUCCCUCCCCAUUACAACCUGAUAAAAUGAAAUAUUUUCAGUAUUUUCAUUCCUAGUUGACUCUGCCUGUACUAAUAGUAAUUUAACUUCCUGCCUUAAGUAAUAUUUGUGCUUCUAAGACGUCAUAUGCCCUCUUAAUUGAAGUUUCUACACAUUUGUAGAAAGUAGAAUACUAUAUUUAAAAUCAUUCCAAUAUUAGUCAACUAGCAUUUAAUAGAGUUGAAUCUGAUAGAGGGACGAUAGAAAAAUCCUGCCAACAAAUUCAGUUUUUGACAGUCUGUUUAUCUGUUGCCACUAAAGAUGUAUAGAGAAAAGUGUUUAAAAAAAAAAUUAAAACAGUAAUGUCAAAUUAAUUUAAGAAAGCAUGUAUUUCAAAUUUAUGGAGUUAUUUUCUUUAAAUUCAUGUAUUUCUGGGAUGGUUCGUUUUCACACUAAGUCCACUGUAGUAGCACAUUGUUUUUGAAUUCCAUGUGUUGCAAUUUACUGAGAAAAUAACAAGAAAUAUUAAGUAGUUUUCACAAACUACAUACACUAAUCAUAAUAGUAAUUUCUCUGUACACUACCUUUAUGAUAUUGGGACAAGGUUUAAACCUAUAAAUAAGAUCUUUUUUAACCUAUUUUUUCCUAAAUAAUACAUAGUUUUAUAGAUUUAUGCUACGAAUAAGAUCAAUUUGCAAUACAUGUAUUUCUCUUUUCUACUUGCUACAAGUUUUUUGCGGACCAAAUUUAUAUAUUUGCUAAUUUUAAACUUUGCUGGUUUUCAAACUUAAAAUAUCAAGGGAAGAACUGUAGAAAAACUAUCACUGAAGCACUGGGUUUCUGCAUAGUAUUUAAAUAUGUUCAAUUGUAGACUACAAAUUAUUUCUCUUUAAAGGAGGAUUUGAUAUGCCAUAUAGUUUAGAACAUGAAUUGGUGUUUUGUAUAUUUACAUACUGUUUUAUAGAUACUAUAACAGCACUUCUUUAAUUAGAUUAUUCCAGAAACAAAGUAUCAAUUCCACUAUAGAAUGGACUAGAACAAAACUUACAUCGUUUGUGUAUGUGGACCAAGUUCUCCUUUAAAUCUAUGGGCUGUUUUUCAUUUUAAUUAAAUGAAUGAACUUCA